AUGCACCUCCAGGGUCUCCUUUUCCUCCCCCUGGCACUGCCAAUCGUACACGCCGGCUUUAAGGCGACCCGCCCCUCCUGCCGAUGCUUCCCCGGCGAGCCUUGCUGGCCCACCGUGCAGCAGUGGUCCGACUUCAACGCAACCCUCGGCGGCAAAUUGAUUUCCACAGUCCCAAUUGGCAGCGUGUGUCAUACCUCUGGUGCAUUCGCGGCCUACGAUGCGCAGGGCUGCGCCGACCUGCUCGACAACUGGGCGUAUCCCACCACCCAUUACGAGAGUAGCUCGUCGCCCAUGGCCUCUUGGUUUGCCAAUUUCUCCUGCGACCCGUUCCUUCCACAUCGGUCCUGUGAAAUUGGCUCGUUGCAGCCGUAUGCUGUGAAUGUGAGCGGUCCAGAAGAUGUCCAAGCGACUCUGCGAUUUACCCGCAAGCAUAAUAUCCGCCUGGUCAUCCGCAACACAGGCCAUGAUUAUUUGGGCAAGUCGACGGCCCCCGGGGCUGUGGCGUUGUGGAUGCAUAACCUCAAAGAUACACAGCAUCUGCAGUACACGUCGCCUUCCUACAACGGCUCGGCUUUACGGUUAGGUGCGGGUAUACAGGGAUAUGAGGCGAUGGCUGCAGCGCAUGCGCAUAAUAAAGUCGUUGUGUCUGGCAACUGCGAGAGCGUUGGAGUGGCCGGAGGCUACUCGCAGGCGGGGGGUCAUGGCCAGCUAGCCUCGCAAUUCGGCCUGGGAGCCGACCAGGUGCUGGAGUGGGAGGUGGUGACAGCAGAUGGAAAGCUUCGCAGGGCAUCGCCAACGGAGAAUUCGGAUUUGCACUGGGCAAUCACGGGAGGUGGAGGUGGCACCUAUGCUGUGGUCUUAAGCGCCACAGUCAAGGCUCAUGCAGAACUGAUCACCUCUUCGGCCAACUUGACCUUUAGCGGAACGGACGUGGACCCAGCGGUGUUCUGGGAGGUCGUGCAGACAUUCAUCGUUGACAUUCAGCCGCUGGUGGAUGCAGGUGCCGUUGCCAUCUGGGCAGUCGCCGGGUCUAGUUUUAUGCUUACCCCCAUUGCCUUCCCCGGUGGCAGUCUGCAGCAGUUGCAGGCUGGGCUGGCCUCGACGUUGGCCCUUCUAGACCAGCACAAUAUCACGUAUACGUAUCAUAUUGAACAAUUUGAUACGUUCUGGGAUAGCUAUGCAGCCAUGAACCCACACAGCAACAUUACCGAAGCCCAGAUUGGUGGCCGAUUGAUGCCGCGCUCCGUCAUCGACUCGAAAAUUCCGGCUUUAAUAUCCGUUUUGCAGGGCAUUGCAGAUGAAGGAGUUGUCAUAUCGGGCGUAUCGCUGAACGUCUCCCGCGCUGCGACGCCACGGAAUGCAGUCAACCCUGUCUGGCGCGACGCUGCUAUUUCAUUCGUUCUGGGAACGUAG